CUUCUCAACGAAAAUGUCAGCACGUUCGCACGAAAGAGGUCGCUCCAGAUCUCCGAAACCUUUAUCGCGUUCUCCCCCGCCAAUCUCAAAAACAAGAUCAGACGAUAUGUCAAUCUCUCCAUCUCGCUCUCGUUCCAAUUCUCCUCGUAAGAGAUCCCGUUCUCUUUCUCGUUCCAAAUCUCCUAGAAGAUCGAUCUCUCGUUCUCGAUCUCCUAUGAAGCAAGAUGAAAUCGAUGAUAAAGACGAUAAAAAAUUUAGGGUGAUUGUGGUCAGUGGUCUGACGAAGAAUGUUCACGAAGGACAUCUAAGGGAGAUAUUUGGAGUUUAUGGGAGAGUUACUGGGUUGGACUUACCUUUGUUCAAAGUUUCCGGAUUGAACCGCGGGAAAGCGGCCUUGGAAUUCGACUCUCCUUCUGCCGCUGAAAAAGCUGUCAAACAUAUGGAUAAAGGGCAAUUGGAUGGAUCUUUCCUUUCUAUACAGAUCUCCGAACAUCCUCUCCCAGCUCCUCGACCCUCUUCACCUCCCGCCUCAUUCCGUCGUCGCUCCCCUCAUUCACCAAGUAGAUCCCGUUCACGAUCUCCUAUAAAACGUCGUCGUUCUUAUUCCCGCUCUCCAUCACCAAGACGAUACAGACGUCGUUCCCCCUCCCGCUCCCGUUCUCCACCUCGAUACCGCGGUCCACCUCGUGGAGAUUCUUAUUAUCCUCCUUCUGGUCGCGCCCCUCGCGGUGGUGGAUAUGGUCCACGUGGAGGAGGUGCGGGAUACAGAAACUUUUAUCCCCCACCUGGUGGAGCUAGAGGUGGUGGUGGUGGUGGUGGUGGUGGUGGUGGUGGUAGGUACAGAUCCCGAUCACCAGUUGGGAGAAGGAGAAGUCCAAGUUAUGGUCCUCGAUCAAUUAGCAGAAGCAGGAGUAGGAGUAGAGGAAGGGCUAGGAGUUAUUCUCGCAGCAUGAGCAGAAGUAGGAGUCCGGUGAGAAAGAGGAGAUACAGUAGUGAUUCUAGGAGUUCAAGGAGUAGGAGUAGGAGUUUCACUUCGAGUAGAAGUAGGAGUAAAGGUUCGAUAAAGAAAAGAAAAAUGUCAGUAGAUUCUCGUUCACCUAGUCCUGGGAAACGUAGUGGAAGUAAAGGGAGAGGUAGGAAAGCUAGUUCUUCUUCUUCUAGAAGCAAGAGUUCGAAGUGAAGAAGGAUGAAUUGAAACAUUGAAGAUUUAUAAGAUAUUUUGAUCUCUGGAAUCAUGCAUUGUGAUUCUUUGACUCUC